AUGCGAGAAAUCCCACCAGUGGCAGCGGGCUCUGCUGCUGCUCAGCGGAAUGCGGGAGGCGAAGCUGGAGCCCAGCUCAUCAGCUACAACGCUGGGAUCAGCGCGUGCGAGAAAGGCAAGCAGUGGCAGCGGGCUCUGUCGCUGCUCAGCGAGAUGCAGGAUACCAAGUUGGAGCCCACCGUCGUCACCUACAAUGUCGGAAUCAGCGCGUGCGGGAAAGCCACGCAGUGGCAGCAGGCGUUGUCGCUGCUCGGCGAACUGUGGAGGGGAGAGAUGGAGGUGGACGCCACCAGCUACGGCGCGGCAAUGUGCGCGUGUGAAAAAGUCGGGCAGUGGCAGCAGGCGCUGUCGUUGCUUCGAACGACUGGGGAGGUGAAGCUGGAGCCAGACGUGAUCCACUACGGCGCUGGAAUCGCCGCGUGCGGGAGAGGUGGGCAGUGGCAGCAGGCAUUAGUUUUGUUGAAGGAGCUUUCAGAGGCAAAGAUGGAGCUGAACACCAUCGUUUGCACUUCUGCAGCCAGUGCUUGUGACAAGAGCGGCGAAGGGAGGCGGGCACUGUCCCUGCUCAACGAAAUGAGGGAAGCAAAGUUGCAGGACUGUGCGGUCAGUUGCGGCGUUGCAGUCAGCGCGUACGGGAAAGAGCGGCAGUGGGAGCAGGCGGUGUGGUCCCUCUGGCAAUCACGGAAGGCGAAAUUGGAGCCGAGCCGAAUCAGUUACAGCGCCGGAAUCAGCGCGUGCGAGAAAGGCCGGCAGUGGCAACAAGCGCUGUCAUUGCUCAUCGAGAUGGGAGAGGUGAAGUUGGAGUUGGAUGAAAUCAGCUGCAGUGCUGCAGUCAGUGCUUGCGCGAUAUCAGGCCAGUGGCAGCAGGCGCUCCAAUUGCUGAAGGAUGCGAGGGGGCUGGGUGUAAAGCUGGAUGUGAUCAGUCACAAUGCUGGAGUAAGUGCGUGCGCAAAUGGGGAGCAGUGGCAGCGCGCAUUGUCGUUGCUCAGGGAUUUGCCACAAAUGAAAUUGGAGCCAAACGUCAUUAGCUACAACGCUGGGAUCAGCGCGUGCGAGAAAGGCGGGCAAUGGCAGCAAGCAAUGUCACUGCUUACAGAAAUCAUGAAGUUGCAGAUGGAACCCGACGUCAUCAGUUGCAGUUCUGCAGUCAGCGCGUGCGAGAAGGACGGGUUGUGGCAGCAGGCGCUGUUAUUGCUCCGCGAGUGUGGGAAACUUGAGGUGGAGUUGAAUACGAUUAGCUUCAAUGCUGGAAUCAGCGCCUGCGAGAAAGCUGGGCAGUGGCAACGUGCAGUUUUUUUGCUCGACGAGCUGAUGGAAUUGGAGAUGCCGCUGAGCGUUAUCAGCUACAGUGCUGGAAUCAGCGCGUGCGAGAAGGGUGCGGAAUGGCAGCAGGCACUGUCGUGGUUGAGCGAAUUAGAGAAGACAAAGAUGGACCCGGGCGCUGUCAGCUACAAUGCAGCAAUCAGCGCGUGCCAAAAAUGCGCGCAGUGGCAGCAGGCAUUGGCACUACUCAGUGACAUGGGAGACGGCAUGGGAGGUGCCAUGGCACCGGCAGACACCAUCAGCUACAGCGCUGGGAUCAGCGCGUGCGAGAAGGGCAGGCAGUGGCAGCGCGCUUUGGCGCUGAUCAGCGAGAUGCGGGAUUCGAAGCUGGAGCCCAACGUCAUCACUUACAGCGCUGGGAUCAGCGCGUGCGGUAAAGUCGGGCAGUGGCAGCGAGCGUUGGCGCUGAUCAGGGAGAUGCGGAAUUCGAGGUUGGAUCCAGACGCCGUGAGCUACAACUCUGGGAUCAGUGCGUGCGAGCAAGCUGGACAGUGGCAGCGAGCCGUAGCGUUGCUCAGCGAUAUGUGGUGUGCGAAUUUGUUCCAGCCUGCGGCACAGCGAACAGUAGUGCGCGAGUCGGCCCAGGCCGGCUACAGCGCUGGGAUCAGCGCGUGCGAGAAGGGCAAGCAGUGGCAAUCGGCUUUGGCGUUGCUCAGUGAGAUGUGGGAGGCGGUGUUGGAGCCCACCGUCAUGUGCUACAGCGCUGGGGUCGGCGCGUGCGAGAACGGCGACCAGUGGCAGCGGGCGUUGGCGCUGCUUGGCGAGAUGCGGGAGGUGAAGUUGGAACCCGACGUUGCCGUCUACAGCGCUGGGAUCGGCGCGUGCGAGAAGGGCGAGCAGUGGCAGCGGGUUCUGGAGCUGCUGAGCGAGAUGUGA